AUGGCGAGGCCGGAAGAUGGGGAGGAGGACCUGAAUCCGACGGAAAACUUCAAUAUGGUCGUGAAGGGGGUGUACCGCAGUGCAUUUCCCAAAAAGCGCAAUUUCGCAUUCCUGAAAAAGCUCGGUUUGCGGAGCAUACUGACCCUGAUCCUGGAAGACUAUCCCGACCAAAACAAACGGUUCAUGGAGGAGCACAACAUCCGUCUCUUCCAAUUUGGGGUUGCGGGAAACAAAGAGCCGUUCGUGGACAUCCCGGAAGACACCAUCUGCGCCGCGCUGUCCGUAUUGCUAGACUGCCGGAACCACCCAAUUCUGAUUCAUUGCAAUAAAGGCAAGCAUCGCACGGGUUGCCUGGUGGGCACGUUGCGCAAGAUCCAGCACUGGUCCCACACGUCAAUCUUUGACGAGUACCGACGCUUCUCGCACCCCAAAUCGCGAUCAAUGGAUCAGCAGUUCAUUGAGCUGUUCGAUCCGACUAGGGUCGAUUUUGAUGAGGAUUGGUUGCCCGAUUGGCCAGAGAUUGAGGGCAUGGCGGCUAAUAAGCGCGCAUGGGCGAGGAUGAAGGAGAGGGAGAGGCAGAGAGAGAGAGAGAAGGACAGGGCAGUUGAUCUUGGCACGGUUGGAGAUGGUGCUGCUGGUCAGGGAGAGGGGCAGGACGAAAGCGACGGUGUCAUAUCCCGAGAGACGAUACCCCAAAGCAGUAGCGAUCGCCUCGCACCAGCUUCAUCCCUUACGCCCCUCACCCUCGCGGUAGAUGUGGCCUCAUGA